CGUCACGCUGCCUAACUUCACUCCUUCCACCCCCCUUCAGCGACCCGAUUGCCUGUCGAAUUGUGAAGGAGUAUUUGCAUACACUUGACAAUGCCACUUCGUCACCUAAGAUAGUGAAACGCGCAUCACAGGUGGCUCAGAGCUCCUUACUUACACACCCUCGACUACAACGACCGAGCAACUCUAUAUCAGGCUGCAAAUCCUCGAACUCCAAUAUAUUAGAAGAGAGAAAGAGGAAACAUGGUCAAAUUCUAUUCGUCCAGCGAGACCUACGCGUACCCUUUCCCCGCGGUAACCCUCGCCUACUUCCUCCGCUACCCGAACCCCUACUCCACACAUGUGCUCUCCACCGACACCAUCUCGCGACACUACGACCCCGAAGCACAGCGCUUGACCACAAUCCGUCUACAUCUUAAGCGCUCAAAACUGCCCUCUGCUGUGCUUAAGCUUCUGCCUCGCUCGCUACUCGGUGCUUCGGCCAGCGGAGACACACAAUCUUACAUUCUCGAGAAGAGCGUUGUGGAUGUCAAGGAGGGAUGGAUGGACACCGAGUCACGGAAUCUGGAGUGGACGGGUGUGCUGUCGGUUGUUGAGCGACAGAUGUUCAAGCGUCCUGCACCGCCAGCGGUGCCGAACGAGGAAACCAUAUGGCAGGGCAUGGAAGGUGCAGCACGACGACACGGCUUUAUCAAUUUUGGUGGCAUGGGCGCUGGUGCCAAGGUCGAAGAUUCGGGCGAAACCACGGACGUGACGAGCUCGGUCACACUACAUAGUCACAUCGGCGAGGCGUGGAAGAAGAAGCGCGAGGCUGCCCGCGAGGGCGCGGUCGAAGAGGAACAGCCACAGAAGGUGGGUUUCUUGAGAAGCUGGGGUACAGCCGCUCUUCAGCGCAACAUCGAGAAGAUCGGCCUUACUCGUGCUCAGCGAAGCCAGCCGAAUGCGCGAGAGGGCAUGAAGGUGGUGCUGGAGCGCAUGCGAGAAGGCGGUCUCGUGGCUGUAUUGGACGGCAUGCGUCAAGACAGAGAAGCCAUUCUCGCCGGUCGUCCUCUAGCACUCCCACGUCGAGGGGACAACGAGUAAGACCCCAACAACUCCACAAGUGAUACUCGUGUUGCGCAUGGUGUUCUUGGGAAAAAUCUAAAAAAGACCUUUCAUGGUCACGGAACAAACGUUAUUUUAGCGACGGCGCAAUGGUUUCUCUCCCUACUUGGCCUCUUCCUCCACCACCCUUCGCUUCUACCAAUUGGCUGAGUCGGGUCCUGUUUACUACGGCUUAUUUUUCGCAUUCCUGCCUCGUUCACAAAGCAAUGAGUUUCAGUAGCAGGCGGUCUUUUGUAUUAUAACGACCUGUGUCGGCAUACCAUGUACGACCACGAAGUAAAAGCAAAUGAAAC